CAUGCUAGAUCUGUACUGGAUCAUUUGUAACGAGAAGCCAAGGAGCGAACCCUUGUUUUCUCCGUAUGGAGAGGCCCUGCACAGGAUCCUGGGCUACAGUCAUGGAAUCAGCUACUUUCCAGAUCCACUCACUUAUGGUGCUGCUGCUCCCAUGUACCCUCAGCCUCCUCCUGGGUACUUCCCAACUCCUGUGAACUCCGUGGUACAGGAUCCUCAGGAAUUCCAGUGGCAGCCCUGUAACAUGAACCCUCCAUACCCACUUCCUGCCAUGGUCCCAGAAGACUCCAGCCCCGAGAAGCUAUGCUCAACCUCUUAUGACCAACUAGAUCCUCAAUGA